AUCCGCCGAUAAACCCAAUAAAGAAAGAAAGAAUGAGCUCGCGUAUGAUAUGUUUGUGUUUCCUCUGUGUUUUUCUAUCUUGAGUGUUUUAUUGAAUGUAAAAAAAAAGAUUAAAUUGAAUGUAAACUCCGUCUUGUGUUAAGAUGUUGAUGAUGAGAGAUGAGAUGGAUGUGAUGUGCUGUAAAUCAGUAGGAACUGAUCUGUCUAUGCUGGAUAUUGAGGAUUUCAUCACAGAAAUCUCUCAGCUGAAGAAAGAGGUGGCGUUACUGGAGACAAAGUUGAGGUUAAGAGGAGAUGAAGGACUGAAGAGAGAGGAUGUGGAUUGUUGUGAAUCUUCAGUGUAUUUGACUGAUGGACGUCUGGAUUCAGUGUGGAUGAGCAGAGAUCAGAGCCGCACACCACAGACACUGCUGGACUCUAAACUCUCUGAAGAGAAAUCCAGACACACACAGAACUCAGAGCUCAGUCUCACUUUACUCGGUUAUACUGAGUCAAAGCCCACAAACACUCAGUACACUACAGUGUGUGACAGUAAACAGAGCUUACAGGAGGAUCAAACCUCCACAGAGUCUCUAGAUUCUGUCUGUAACGCUGGAGAACCGCAACAGAUCCUGCAGACCACAAUGAAGAUGUGUUCAGUUAAACUGGAGGACUGCAAGAACCUGAUGAUGAAGAUAAAAACAGAACCCACAGCAGAUGAAUAUGAAGACAAUCAUAAUGAUGGUCAGGAGUUUAUUAUCUCAAACGUGAAGAGUGAAUCAUGUUGUGAUGGAGAAAUAACAUCCUCAACAUCAGAAGAGCGACUGACAGCACAAACUCAAGAGAAGAAACUUCAUUCAGAAGAUCACAGAGAGACGAAGAAGAAGCCGUUUAACUGUGAACAAUGUGGGAAGGAUUUUGAUUUCUUAUUUCAGCUGAAAGGCCACAUGAGACUUCACACAGGAGAGAAACUGUAUGAGUGUCCUCACUGUGAGAAGAGAUUCAACUACCAAUACAUUUUAAAGAAUCAUGUGCGUUCACACACCAAUGAGAGACCGUAUCAGUGCAGUCAAUGUGGAAAAACCUUCACACAGUCAUUCUCUUUAAAGGCACACCAAAAAACACACUCUCAAGAGAAACUCUAUCCAUGUUCAUACUGUGAUAAACGUUUUAGGUAUAAAUCUCAUCUGAUAAACCAUGAGAGAAUUCACACGGGAGAGAAGCCUUACGUCUGCAGUGUUUGUGGGAAGAGUUUUAAUCAACAAAAAAAUUUUGUGAGACACCAGAGAACUCAUACAGGUGAAAAACCUUACAAAUGCUCUCAUUGUGACAAGACAUUUACUCAAUCAAACUCCUUAAAAGUCCAUGAGAGAAUUCACACUGGGGAGAAACCUUACAUCUGCUCUGACUGUGGAAAAAGCUUCUCUGAUCCAUCUUAUUUUAAAGUUCAUCAGAGACUUCACACUUGAGAGCAACCUCAUCACUGUAGGGUUUGUGGAAGAGUUUUAAUCACCAUGAACAUUAAGUGACACACCUGGAGAACUCAUACUGGUAAAAGACUUCAUAAAUGCUUUCGGUGUGAUAAGACGUUUGUUCGAUCAGAUGGCCUGGAGACCCAUGACUUCUGGAGAGUAACCUUGUUACCACUUCUUGAUUUUUUUUCCUAGUGUAGCUCUGUGUUGAAUGUGACUCUCUGUCGUUCUGCGUAGCUACAUCAUGUUUCGUUUCACUGUGUUUUGCAUCAACUUUAGGCUAUGGUUGAAAUGACAAUAAAGUCCCCGUUUUCAUUUUAGAAAUCUGGUCACCUAUUAGCAUUGCAUUAUAAAUAUACUGUAUUGUUAUGAAAAUACCUCACCAACAUCA